AUGUACUCCGCCAUUCGAGCCACCCGUAUGGGUGUCAGAUCCUUCUCCACUUCUGCCCCCGUCCGAAGCUACGCUGAUACCGUCAACAACCUGAAGAUCAACUCCAACACCAAGGUGCUCUUCCAGGGCUUCACCGGAAAGCAGGGAACCUUCCACGCCCAGCAGGCCAUCGACUACGGCACCAAGGUCGUUGGAGGAACCAACCCCAAGAAGGCCGGCCAGAGCCAUCUCGGUCUCCCCAUCUUCGGCACCGUUGCCGAGGCCAUGAAGGAGACUGGAUGUGACGCCUCCGCCAUCUUCGUCCCCCCUCCUCUUGCCGCCGCCUCUAUCGAGGAGGCCAUUGAGGCCGAGCUGCCCCUCGUUGUCUGUAUCACUGAGGGUAUCCCCCAGCACGACAUGAUCCGAGUGGUCGACAUGCUCAAGACCCAGUCCAAGACCCGACUUGUCGGUCCCAACUGCCCCGGUAUCAUUGCUCCCGGCCAGUGCAAGAUCGGUAUCAUGCCCUCUUCCAUCCACAAGCGAGGCCGAAUCGGUGUUGUGUCCCGAUCCGGAACCCUUACUUACGAGGCCGUCAACCAGACCACCCAGGUCGGUCUCGGCCAGUCUCUCGUUGUCGGUAUCGGAGGUGACCCCUUUGCCGGUACCAACUUCAUCGACUGCCUCAAGGUUUUCCUCGAGGACGAGAACACCGACGGUAUCAUCAUGAUCGGUGAGAUUGGAGGUACCGCCGAGGAGGAGGCCGCUGACUUCCUCAAGCAGUACAACCAGACCCGAGAGGUCCCCAAGCCCGUCUGCUCCUUCAUUGCCGGUGUGUCUGCUCCUCCCGGACGACGAAUGGGCCACGCUGGAGCCAUCAUCUCCGGUGGUAAGGGUGGUGCCGGCUCCAAGAUCUCUGCUCUUGAGGCCGCUGGUGUUGCCGUCGAGCCUUCUCCCGCCCGACUCGGUAAGACUCUUUACGACGAGUUUGUCAAGCGAGACCUGCUCUAG